UCGCAGACAGAUCCGAUGUGCCGGCGGUGGAUCUGAGGGCCACACGGGAAAAGAGAGAGAAAGAGACGUGAUCUCUCCACGGUGUCGUCCGCACCGUGCAUGGUUAACCUGCGUGACUCCUGCCGGAAUUCCUGCCCGCGUGUUUUAAAGUCCGAAUCUAAACCUGUGUGGAUUAUGCUACGAUUAGUCUUUUAAAUUUUAUAUAUAUAUAAUAUAUAUCUGUAUAUACGCAUCUUACAUUCAGCACUAUGCCAGACAGCAAUAAAAAAAUGGAGAAUGAGGAUGAACAGAAACAGAAUACAAAUGACGCUGGUACAUCAAUGAACUGUGAUACUAAUGUACAUACAAAUACAAAUGUGGAAAAUAGGCAAUCAACAACAAAUUUUAUGAUGACGGGAUUAACAGCGGCGUCGCCACCAAAAUUCGUGUCUUUAGACGAAAUUAUAAAAGCUGCUAAUGGAAUGAAAAAUAUGGCCUUAGCACACGAAAUCGCAGUAGAUGAAAAUUUUCAAUUACAAAAAUUAGAACCAAAAGACGGUAGUUUUCAUAGACGAGUAAAAGAAAUAAUGCACAAAGCUUUUUGGAAUUUGUUAGCGGAACAGCUGGCCCAGGAUCCACCAGAUUAUUCGCAAGCAUUGGUUUUAAUGAAAGAAAUUAAAGAAUCACUGGAUGAACUUGUGCCGCCGUACAAUACGAGAACCAAAGAAAAUAUUAGAGAAGUGCUCGAUUUGGACUUGAUCAAGCAGCAAGCGGAGAAAGGCGUAUUAGAUUUUGAUCAUUACGCGCAAUACAUAAUCUCUAUCAUGAGCAAGAUAUGCGCGCCGGUAAGAGACGACAAAAUCAAAGAGCUGUCGAAGCAGGUGGACGUCAUUGAGACGUUCAAGGGUGUUAUGGAAUUAUUGCAGUUAAUGAGAUUGGACCUGGCAAACUUUACUAUUACAAUGAGUAGACCGAGUAUUGUUGCGGCGAGUGUUGAGUACGAGAAAAAAAAGUUUGCUGAGUUUUUAAAAGUUAAUCCGAAUGGCUUGCAAUACACAGAAAAGUGGUUAUUGAGAAACUUUGAUCCAAAGAAAGUUACAAGUUCAUCGAAUGCUGGCGCUAAUAAUGUACGACAAAUGACUCAUUCUUUAUUGACAGAGGCCUACCUUGAUCUCCUAGAAUGGGAUUUCAAUCCAGAUGCUGAGACAUUGAUGUUGGAUCAAGGAAGACUUUUGGAAUUGCGUGACAUAACCAGCAGACUGAGCAUCGUUGGUUCUGUGAUUUUAUUGGUUAAUAAUACAAUUGGUGCACCAAUUCAUGGGGUCUCAAGCUUUAAGAAGAAUAUUAAGGAACAUUUAAACGCACUGUUAGAUUCUGUACAUUCAAACAAAGAUUUAGAAACUGCAAUGCCAAAUAUUGUACUACAAGUAAAAACAGAUGUCAAAACAACAUUACGGGAAGUUGAUGCUCCUGAGUUAUCAUCAGAAUUGGAAACGCUGUUAGAAGGUCAAAUAGCCGAUCUUGUAGAUACAAAACAUAAGAUCAGAUAUCUCGUCAGUUUACGAAUUAGACAAUUCGUACAGAAAAUCAUUAAAUCGCAAUCCACUGCACCUCAACAAGUACCACCAGGCCUCUCCUCGCUGCAAGAGGAAUUAACAGCCAUCGCUGCUCGAUUUGCAAUACUUGUUUCGCAUAAUCGCAGCGUAUUCGGCGAGUAUUAUCAAGAUAUUGUUGCAAACGCGCUUGCAAAAAGCGAUGUUGAUAAUGAUAAAGAGAUGGACAUGCAUGAAACACACAUGGAAGUGUAAAAAGGAAUAAAUAAUGUGUUAAUAAAUGAUGUGAAUACA